AUUUAAUUUUCAAUUUUUAACUUUAAACAUAAGCUUUUUUUAUGUUAUAAAUUUUAAUGCUCGUUGAAGCCUUUUUUGAAAAUAUUUCUCUUCAAUUUUUUUUUAUUUGUUUUACUUAUUUAGUUUUGAAAUUUAUAUGAAUGGUUAUAUUAAUUAUCUUUAACACAGAUGUCUAGUUCUCAUUCCAAAAGACCACAUCUGUCAAGCACGGGAGAAAAUGUUGACACUAAUAUACAAAUGACAAGUGAGGACAAUGCGACAGAACCUUUAAAUGAAGAUGCGCAGAUGACAUCUGAACCAAGCAGAACAAGUAAACAAGUGGUGAGAAAGUUCAAACCGAGAUCCGGAUGUUGGAAGCACUUCAAGGAAACUAAAGAGAAUGGCAGUCGAGUUGCAGAUACUCCCACAAUAUGGAACUCUACUUAUAAAAUGCUCAAUGUUGCACAGAAGUACGAAAAUGCUUUUCAGAAGUAUGCCAAGAUUGAUCCCUACUUUGUUAUUGAUUUCUCAAAGGAUAAAGUUGAUAAAGUAGAUAGACCUCCUAAUGCUAAAGAUUGGGUUCAAGCUAAACAUUUGAUGAUGUUGCAAAAUCUUGAAGAUAUUGAUGAGGUGAUUGAUGUUCAAGAUAUAGAGAUUGGUUUAGAGAGUGAAGAAGAUGAAGUUAUGGUGAGAAACUUCAAAGAAAUGGCUAACCCAUCAGAGUCUGCAUUCAGUACAGGAGGACGUCAUCUUGAUGCAUUCCGAACAUCUUUAACUCCAAAGAUGGUACAAGCUUUGAUAUGUUCUCAAGAUUGGCUAAAGACAUCUAAGAAGAUUGACAUGGAAGAAACACUCGAUGAGUUAAAAUCAGUUGAAAAAGAUAUGGCAAACUUGAGUGUUCAUGAUUGUGUUGUGGAUACCGUUGAUGUUUUAAGGCUUUGAUGUGCGGUAGCGGGUAAGAUUAAACUUGAUUCCAUAUU